AUGUCUGCUGUACGACCUUUGAGACGAGGCCUGAGCCUCCUGGGAUCCAAGCCGAUCUCUCGUGCUGUGCCUGUGGCCGCCAAUGGCUCAACCCUGCUUCCGCGGCAGCUUUCGUCUCCCCGCGCUCUCCGCUCCGCAGGACGUCCGUUCCUUCGCGCGGGCACUCUCCCUGUCAACGGAGGCGUGCGUUAUGCUUCCUCUCCUGCCCCCACGGGUCCCCUGAGAAAAACGGCCCUGUACGACCUUCAUGUCGCUCGUGGAGCGAAGAUGGUGCCGUUUGCGGGGUAUUCCAUGCCCCUGCAGUACUCCGACCUGAGCCAUGUUGAGAGUCACAAGUGGACCCGCGAGAAGGCCAGCUUGUUCGAUGUGAGCCACAUGGUUCAGCACCAACUCAGCGGACCAGGCGCCAUGGAGCUCCUGAUGAAGGUUUCCCCCUCCUCGCUCGACAAGCUCAAGAUCAACACCUCGACCCUGUCCUGUUUGCUGGAAGAUGGCACAGGUGGCAUCAUUGACGACACUGUCAUUACUCGCCGCGGCGAGGAUUCCUUCUACUUCGUCACCAACGCGGGCCGGCGCGAUGAGGACCUCGCCUUCCUCGAGGCCGAGAUCACUGCGUACAAGAACGCCCACGGCCCCGAGAGCUUGAAGUGGGAGAUUCUGGAGGACCGCGCCUUGGUUGCCCUGCAGGGCCCCCUCGCGGCCGAGGUCCUCCAGUCUGUCGUUAACGGCUCCGGCCCGGAGACCGACCUCAGCACCCUCUACUUCGGCAACUGCCGCGACCUCUACCUCACCCUGCCGGACGGCUCGCGCAGCCCCCACCCGGUCCUAGUCUCUCGCACCGGCUACACCGGCGAGGACGGCUUCGAGAUUUCCAUCCCCGCGUUCGCCGACUGCCCCGAGCUCCCCACUCAGGUCACCGAGCUGCUGCUCUCCAACCCGGACCAGGUGCGUCUGGCCGGCCUGGCCGCCCGUGACUCCCUGCGUCUCGAGGCCGGCAUGUGUCUCUACGGCAACGACAUCUCCACCGCCCAGACGCCACCCGGUGCUUCCCUCGGCUGGGUAGUCGGCAAGGACCGCCGCGACCCGGCGACCGCCACCUUCAACGGCGCGUCCGUGAUCCUGCCCCAGCUCGCGUCUCCCGCCAAGACGCUCUCGCAGCGCCGGGUUGGCUUCACCGUCGAGAAGGGCUCGCCCGCGCGCGAGGGCGCCGUCAUCGUCGACCUCAACGAUGAGUCGCGCACCCAGAUCGGCGUCAUCACCUCGGGUCUGCCCAGUCCGUCCCUUGGCGGCACCAACAUCGCCAUGGGCUACAUCAAGCAGGGCAUGCACAAGAAGGGCACGGAGGUGGGCAUUCUCGUCCGCAACAAGGUCCGCAAGGCCAGCGUCGUCGGCAUGCCCUGGGUGGAGAGCAAGUUCUAUCGUCCCAAGGCUUAG